UCCCAGUUGUUUUCUGCUCUAUUUUUUUUAAAAAAGAGAAUGUCUGUGGUGCACCAUUUGCCACCUGGGUGGUUACUGGAUCAUCUUUCUUUCAUUAACAAGAUAAACUAUCAACUUCUGCAGCACCAGGAGCCUUCCUGCAAUAACAACAAGCCUACUUCUUCUGUCUACCUGGGCUCUCUUCAGAUGGAUGCCACGCCUCCUUUUGGAGCUCCUGCUCCAUGCAUUGGUCCUGAUUCUACUACUAUGCCAGGCAAUGAGGAUGAAGACGGAGGGAGUUGUGGAAUGAUCACCCAAAAAUAUGUUUUCCGACCUGAGCUAUUUAAAGUCACCAAACCUUACAUAACUUCAGCGGCUCACAAAGAAUGCCAACAAAGUAACAAAAAGGAGAAUUUAGUGACUGGCAAUAAACAAGAAGUCUCCAUUUCUGUUGGGAAGAAGCGUAAAAGAUGUGUGGCUUUCAAUCAAGGUGAAUUGGAUGCCAUGGCAUAUCAUACAAAGAUCAGAGAGCUGAUUUUGGAUGGAUCUUCACAGUUAAUCCAAGAAGGUCUCAAAAGUGGUUUUCUUUAUCCAUUUGUUGGAAAACAGGAUGGAAAUAGUGACCACAUCACUCUACCACUCAAUGCUUGCAAUUUGUCAGAAUUAUGUGAGAUGGCAAAGCAUUUGCCGUCCAUGAAUGAAAUGGAGCCUCAGACGCUAUGUUUGACAGAAGACGAUACGUCUAUUCAAGAGCUGGAUCUGUUAUCACAGGUCAUUGAAAACAACUCUAGCUUUCCCAAAAUGGUUACUUUAAUGGGGCAGAAAUACCUACUGCCACCAAAAAGCAGCUUUCUUUUGUCCGACAUUUCUUGCAUGCAGCCACUUCUCAACUGUAGUAAGACAUUUGAUGUAAUUGUGAUUGAUCCGCCAUGGCAGAACAAAUCGGUUAAAAGAAGUAACAGGUACAGCUGUUUAUCACCACAGCAGAUAAAGCAAAUGCCUGUCCCUAAGCUGGCUGCUGCUGACUGCCUUGUUGUUACUUGGGUGACCAACAGGCAGAAGCACCUGUGUUUUGUGAAGGAGGAACUAUACCCUUCAUGGUCUGUGGAAGUCAUUGCAGAAUGGUACUGGGUAAAGAUCACACAUUCAGGGGAGUUCGUGUUUCCAUUGGAUUCUCCACACAAAAAGCCUUAUGAAUGUCUUGUAUUGGGGAGAGUUCGAGAAAAAACUACUUCAGCAUUAAGGAGCACAGAUGUGAACGCGUCCCCUGUCCCAGAUCAGAAGCUGAUCGUCAGUGUGCCCUGCGUUCUUCACUCACACAAGCCACCGCUUGCUGAAGUACUGAAAGACUACAUCAAGCCAGGCGGGCAGUACUUGGAAUUGUUUGCUCGAAAUUUACAGCCGGGUUGGAUGAGUUGGGGCAACGAGGUCCUCAAGUUCCAGCACGUGGAUUAUUUCCUUGCUCUGCAGUCUGGACGCUGAUGGUAAAAGUUGUGCUGCGUUU